AUGCGUGACGAUCCGUGGCAGCAGACCUGGCCAGUCCAGUUCAUUCACUUUGUCAUUGCCCGAGACCGACUACCGAAUGUUCAAAAACCUCUUCCAUGCCCUGAUGCACUGAGUCGCGCCAGCCGCGAAUGCAACGGUAUUUUGCGCUCAAAACUGUGGAUGGGCUUUCAAAAUGGUCAGAUGGUGUUUCUUCAGAAAUUGGCCAUGCUCGUCAUCCUCAUCGCUCUGAUCUUCCUCUUCCCAGAUGAUCCAAAACUGAUGAUCAGUGAACGCAUUAUCACGCUUUAUAGUCUCCUAAUGACUUUACAGUUUUCCCUUACUGUCGAUUUGUCCAACGGCAUCCGGUUUGCCUUCGAGCAUCUCAUUUGCUGUAAACGAAUACAGGCUUUCCUUUCUACGCCGCUUCUAGAGGGAGAGACUUUACCCAGUGUGAUGGAUUCCAAACAGCCGGCUGUUUCCCUUAAAAGCAUCAGUGCUACCUGGAGCAAGGUGAGCUAUUGA